AUGGCACCUCUAGUACCACCACAGCAACAAACUCCAAUAACAGGACAGGAUGUUGGUGCAAAACCACGUCCCAACCCAUCUACAGCACCAGCCAUAUCAUAUACACCAACAGAUACCACUAUUCCACCUAUAUUAUACGAAAAAAUACCUAAUUUAGAGUUAUAUAAAAAUCUCAAAGAGGCGGAACGUAAAAUAGACUUGUUGACAACCAGAAAAGCGAUGGAUUUUCAGGCCAUUAAUGCUAAGAUUAACCAACACUCGACUUUGAAAAGAGAGACAGGAAUUUUGAGGGUAUUUAUUUAUAACACAUGUGAUAACCAGCCAUGGCAAAAACAGUUGUUGCAGAGUGAAGGGAAAGAGUUACCGGAACCAACUGCAGAAUCCAGCUGGACCUUAAGAGUUGAAGGAAGGUUUUUAAACGACACUAAUAAUGCUAAUAAUGAUGCAAGUCAGAACUUGAAGUUCAGUUCGUUUUUGUCGGGGAUUUCCAUCGAUAUUUUGCCAAACCAAGACUAUCCGGAUAUGCAGAAUUCUCCUUCUAAUAUAAUCGAAUGGAGAGAUGAAUCUAUUGAUCAACAACCGGACGCUAAGUUUGGAGGUAAUAAUAGACAAACUGAAUUCGAUGGUUUGGACGUCAAAAGAAAUGGUAUAUUCAACAUUAAAUCAAAAAUUGCCAUAAUGAUAAAGGACCAAUCUACAAGCUUGAAAUUAAGCGACGAAAUGUCUCGUUUUGUUGGCAAACAAGAAGCAACGCAACAAGAAUUGAUAUAUGCUAUUUGGCAAUACGUUUUGUACAAAGAUUUAUUCAAAAAGUCAGAUGCAUUAACAAAGGUUCCUGCUGUUUCAGAUUCUACUGCAACAAUUGUGAAUGGAAGCGGAGUAACCAGUAAUUUUGAAAACGAGGAAGACGAUGAUUUUAAUAACAUUGAAUGUGAUGUAAUUUUGAGCGAAUUGUUAAGAGUUCCUAAUUUCAAGUUUUCAGAUCUUUACAGACUAUUACAGCCACAUUUUAGGCCAAGAGAGCCAGUCAUCAUUGAUUAUGAGAUAAAUACAAGAAAAUCGACCACUUUAGGUGACUUAAUAGUUGACAUUCCUGUGUCAUUGCCAUCUUCGGUAUCUAAAACUCAAAAAGAGAUUAUUGAAUCGACCAAAGCAACUUACGAAAGCUUAACGAAGUCAGAUGCAAGUAUUCAACAUUUGAAUAGUAGAAUUUCCAUCGGUAUAGUUGCCUUACAAAAUGCAAAUGCUAGAGAAACAUUCUAUAGAGAAUUGAGUGAAGACCCUGUUAAGUUUAUGGAAAAUUGGCUUGAGAGUCAACUGGAAACAUUUAAGGCCUUGAAGAGUGAUGAAGGAUAUGAAGAGGAGGUUAUUAGAAGAGCUAAAUAUUUCGAAGAUAACGAAGAUGUGUUGAAAGACAAAAUAGAUGUUUUAUUAGGUUCUGGGAGAUUCUAA